AUGGCAUGGGAGUGCCCGAACAAGAGAAACUUGCACAUUGGCGCCGAUUUCGGAGAUAAGGAAAAUCUAGAGGUUGAGGAAGAUGAAGGUGCUGAUUAUUUGACUGAGAUAGCACAACUUAAUGUUGAUGAUUUGGAAGAGGGAGAAGAUGACACGUCUUAUCUCUCAGUGUUGAGGCGUCUCCUUAGUGCACCAAAGUCACAAAAGGAAGAUUGGCGAAGAACUUCAAUCUUUCAAACCUUAGUUUGCUGUGGACAAGAGACUAGAAAGCUAAUUAUUGAUGGUGGCAGCAGCAUGAAUGUGGUUUCAGAGUCUACCGUACAACGGUUAAAUUUGCCUACCAAGCCAUAUCCUGAACCUUACAAGGUUGCUUGGAUCAACAGUAGCUCUAUACCGGUAACGAGACGUUGCUUGGUGUCCAUUAAACAUGGACCUUACAGCGAUAUUAUAUGGUGUGACGUUAUUCCAAUGACCGUUUCCUACAUACUUCUUGGUCAACUUUGGCUAUAUGACCGAGAUGUGGAUCAUAAUGGAAAGACGAACACUUACUCAUUCAAGUUUAAUGACCAGCAGAUUGUCUUAAAGCCUAUGAGUGCUGAAACUAUGAAGAAGUUUCACGAAAAGAAACCAACCAAACAAGAGAAAUCAAGAGUUAAUGAAGUGAUCGAGACAAGGAAGAAACCUUUUCAGAUUUUGAGCAAGAAGCAAUUUGAAAGGGAAAACAAGGAGCAAAGAGUUAUUAUGGUAUUAGUCUUCAGAGAGGCGAAAAUUUCAGCAGUUGUCAACUCUGAAGAAGUGCCUCCAGAAAUUGUCAAGUUGCUGUCCGAUUUUUUUGAUGUAGCUCCCGAGGAUUUGCCGUAUGGACUACCACCUAUGCGUGAUAUCCAACAUGCAAUAGAUUUCAUACGAGACUCUCAACUCCCUAACUUGCUGGCCUAUCGCAUAAACCCAAGUGAGUCUGCUGAACUUAAGAGACAAGUAGAGGAGCUCUUGGACAAAGGACAUAUUCAAGUCAGCCUAAAUCCUUGUGCAGUGCCGGCUUUAUUGACUCCAAAGAAAGACGGAACCUGGAGAAUGUGUGUAGAUAGCCGUACAAUCAACAAGAUAACAAUCAAGUAUAGGUUUCCCAUACCUAGACUUGAUGAUAUGAUUGAUAUGAUGGCUGGUUCAACUAUCUACACUAAAAUUGACUUGCGAAAGGGGUACUAUCAAAUCAGAAUUCGUCCAGGUGAUGAAUGGAAAACAACCUUUAAGACAAAGGAUGGUCUCUACGAGUGGCUAGUGAUGUCAUUUGACCUCUCUAAUGCUCCCAGCGCCUUUAUGAGAUUCAUGACACGGGUAUUUCAGCCCUUUAUUGGCCGUUUUUUGGUUGUCUAUUUCGAUAAUAUCUUAAUUUACAGCAAGAACAAAGAGGUGCACAUUAACCAUCUUCAACAAGUAAUGAGAGUUCUUCGUCAAGAAAAACUCUAUAUCAACUUGAAGAAGUGUACUUUCAUGGCUCCUAGUGCUGAAUUUUUGGGUUUUGUCAUUUCAAAUAAAGGGACAGCUGCUGAUCCGGGAAAGAUGAAGGCAAUAGUAGAUUGGCCAGUUCCUACUAAUUUGAAGGAGAUUCGCAGUUUCCAUGGGCUGGCUUCAUUCUAUAGGCGAUUUAUACGGGGGUUUAGCUCUAUUAUGGCUCCCAUCACUGAUUGCAUGAAGCAGGGACAGUUUCAAUGGACAAAAACUACAGCUAAGGCUUUUGAAGAAUUGAAGAAGCGAAUGACUGAAGCUCCAGUACUUAGGUUGCCAGAUUUUUCUAAGGUGUUUGAGAUCGCAUGUAAUGCUUCUCAUGUUGGAAUUGGUGGAAUUCUAAGUCAAGAAGGUCAUCCUAUAGCUUAUUUUAGUGAAAAGUUGAAUGAGGCAAAGUAG